AGAUGUGCUGUAGGGCUUAGGUUUUGAUCAUCUCUCUUGCUUCCCCAGGAUCAGCUCUGGCCCUGUAUUCGGCGAUUAAGUCCCUAGAAGAGGAGUCUGUCCUGAAGCCCUGAAGUGCUGCUGCAGGUGCAAGUGAGAGCUGUGAUCCAGGCAGUCCCAGCCCACUGCAAGGCGGGGACUCUCUGGCAAAGAGCAGAGUGGAGCUCUCCCCAUCACUGCCGUGGCCCCUGCCUGGGACAGCAGUUGUGUAACUGCCUUGGGACUUGGACAGUAACAGAUUGACCAAAUACUGCAGGGAUGGCAACAAUCAAGGGGGUUUCAAGUUUCAAUGCUGAGCAAGAAGCACAAGCACUAAGGAAAGCAAUGAAGGGGUUUGGCACAGAUGAAGAUGCCAUCAUCGAGACCUUGACCAAACUGAAUGUUUCCCAGCGGCAGCAAGUUCUGAUCACCUAUAAAACUACUAUUGGCAGGGAUCUGAUUGCUGACCUGAAGUCUGAGCUGAGUGGGAAUUUUGAAAGGGUGAUUGUUGGGAUGAUGACUCCCACCACCAUGUACGACGUGCAUGAACUGAGGAGGGCUGUGAAGGGUGCAGGAACAGAUGAGGGUUGCCUGAUAGAAAUUCUGGCGUCUCGCACAAAUCAAGAGAUCCGGUGCAUUAAUGAGAACUACAAACUUCAAUAUGGCUGUACCCUUGAAGAGGACAUUGUCUCUGAUACAUCUUCCAUGUUUCGAAGAGUUCUUGUGUCCCUCGCAAUGGGAAACAGAGAUGAGGGAACAUAUGUGGAUGGUGCCCUUGCACGGCAAGAUGCUCAGAACCUAUAUGAAGCUGGAGAGAAGAGAUGGGGAACAGAUGAGGUGCAGUUUAUGUCCAUCCUCUGUACACGGAACAGAAGUCACCUACUAAGAGUUUUUGAUGAAUACAGAAGGAUUGCUAAUAAGGACAUAGUAGACAGCAUUAAAUCUGAGAUGUCAGGAGAUCUUGAAGACGCUUUACUAGCUGUGGUAAAGUGCACACGGAAUAAACCUGCAUAUUUUGCUGAAAGAUUGUAUAAAUCCAUGAAGGGCUUGGGAACAGAUGACAAUACACUGAUCCGAGUGAUGGUUUCCCGCUCUGAAAUAGAUAUGCUGGAUAUCAGAAGGGAAUUCCUGACCAUGUAUGGGAAAUCUCUCUAUUCCUUCAUUAAGGGAGACACCUCAGGAGAUUAUAAGAAAGUUCUGCUCAAACUCUGUGGUGGGGAGGAUUAAAGGAUGCCUCUUGUACUGCCUGGGUGAUGGGAAACAGAAGAGCAUAAGGAUUUAUCCUUCCAGAUAGCUUUGCUUAUUGCUAUGAGUAUUGACUUAGGUUAGUUAAUGCUCUGAUUAGAUAACAGCAAUCAGUUUGACCCUUAUGAUACGCUUUUAUGCUUGUCACACCCACUUUUUUCUAAUAAUUUGGUUAAAACCUGACUUGAACUGRAUAUUGUAAUGAGCUCUGCAGGAGUUAAAUGUUUCCUGUCAAGCUGCCCCUCCACAGCUGCAUUUGCUAGCCAAGCUCGUUGAUCAGUUGAGAUCUAAGCAAAUUUAAAUGCAGAACAUAGGAAAAAAUAACCUAAUCAAUAUAGGGAGUGUGCGCAAUGCAGGUUUGCUUCAGUCUUGCAAGAUGAUUCAAAUGUAACAUCACCCCUCUAAAAUCUAAGUGUUUAAACUUGC